AGAAACACGGAAAGAUAAAGGACUUACAAGCACAAGUAAAUUAGUCCACGUAUCAUUUGAACUCAUCGUCACUCCACACCUCGCAUCGCUGCACAUAGAAAACACCACCACCACCACCACCGUUAACUGUCAACAAUCACCGUUAAACCGCCGUGGGGGCCAGAAGGACAAUAUGGAUGUGGAAUCUGCCAAGGCUUCACCUCCUGUUAAAGAUUUGGAUUUAGAAGCUUCUAACACUGUAAAUAGUGGACAUGAUACUGUUGCACAAGAUACAUCAUCAAAGUUCUCUGCUUCUAGCCUAAGCUCAUGGGCAAAAAGUUUUAAAUUUCCUCAACCUUUGGGAGGCUCACAAGCCGAGUCUUCAUCUGAGAACACUGGAAAAUCAUCCUUUACACGUCUGACAAGUGGGCUUGGGUUACGGUUAUCUCCAAAAGCUUCUGAACAAAAUGAUAAUCCUGAUGAAGCUUCAAAAACGCCACAAGCUGGUUUCAUUGGGACUCUCACAAAAGGUUUUGUUGACACAUCUAAAAGUGCAGUGAAGGCUGUGCAAGUAAAAGCUCGUCAUGCUGUAUCUCAAAACAAACGCAGAUAUCAGGAAGGAGGAUUCGAUUUAGAUAUGACAUACAUUACCGAGAAUAUAAUUGCAAUGGGAUUUCCUGCUGGUGAUAUGAGCUCAGGUUUCUUUGGAUAUGUUGAGGGAUUUUACCGUAACCACAUGGAGGAAGUAAUUAAGUUCUUUGAAACCAAUCACAAGGACAAGUACAAGGUCUACAAUCUAUGCUCAGAGAGGCUCUAUGACGCAUCACUCUUUGAAGGGAAGGUUGCUAGUUUCCCAUUUGAUGAUCACAAUUGUCCUCCAAUUCAACUCAUCAUAUCAUUUUGCCAUAGUGCCUACUCAUGGUUAAAAGAGGACAUUGAAAAUGUUGUUGUUGUUCACUGUAAGGCGGGAAUGGCAAGGACUGGCUUAAUGAUCACAAGUUUGCUUUUAUAUCUCAAGUUUUUCCCUACAGCCGAGGAAUCUAUGGACUAUUAUAACCAAAAAAGAUGCGUUGAUGGGAAGGGGCUUGUUCUUCCGAGUCAAAUUAGGUACGUUAAAUAUUUUGAACGUGUUCUGACACACUUUAAUGGAGAAGAUCCGCCUGGGCGCAGGUGUAUGCUUCGGGGUAUUCGCCUUCAUAGGUGUCCUUAUUGGAUCAGACCAUCUAUUACAAUUUCGGACGAUAAUGGUGUUCUGUUUUCCACCAAAAAGCACCCUAGAACCAAGGACCUUUCGCCUGAAGAUUAUUGGUUUGCUGCACCCAGAAAGGGUAUAAUGGUCUUUGCUCUGCCUGGGGAGCCUGGUCUGACAGAAUUAUCUGGAAAUUUUAAGAUCCACUUUCAUGAUCGUCAAGGAGACUUCUACUGUUGGCUGAACACAACAAUGAUCGAGAACAGGACAAUACUGACCACCAGUGAUCUUGACGGGUUUGACAAGAGGAAACUACCAUCCCCAGGAUUUCAAGUGGAGGUUGUUGUUGUGGACUAUGACACCAUUGCUCAAGCAAAACCACAAACUGAACGUACCACUAAACCAGCUGAGAGUACAACCACAAAUCCUGCCCCCGCUUCCCCCUCAGAGGCCGCAUCAACCUUGCCUAAAGAUUCCGGAACUAAUGAAAAAGAUGACGAGGUGUUCUCUGAUAACGAGUCAACUGGCACUGAUACCAAAUCUAGUAAAAUUGAAACUUUGUCAAAUAAAACCCAAAAUCUUUCUCUAGAAAACUCAGGGUCCAAACAGGGUGAUACUUCGAAGGAGCCCAAACAGGACUCGGCAACAGAUGCUGUAAAAUCAGGCCUUGGUGACACAAACUCUUUUGGGGCAGUAAGUGAUUUUAAGGCAAUGGCUGCUGAUGCAUCCGUAUUCACUUUUGGAGAUGAUGAAGACUAUGAAAGUGACUGAGAAUAAGCAUUUGCGUGAUGUUGUACUUGUACGAUGCUUGUACAUAAGAUAGAUGCUAUGUCUUAGUUCAUACAUUUAUUUAAUUCAUUCAGUACGAGAUUAAAUCUCUUGCAAAUGUUGCGUAUAAGGCUGGAUUUUCAUCAAGUCGUUUGAGGUUGAAGACUUGGAUAUGUUUGUUUGUAUGAUAUUACAAAAUUGAAAAUUGUUUUAAUAAGUAGCAAACAUGUAGUUGGAGUUGGAGUUAUCAAUUCA